AUGUAUUGCAGAUGUACAAGUCUCCGGAACAAAUACAGCUCCAGCCAGCAGCUGGACAACAGUACAAAGAAGAACUUCAUUCUCCCUCUAGAACUGAGUGCUGGCAACGGCACCGUUGAGUCAUGUCCAUCAUCUCCUCUGUUCAUCCCAGCAAAACCAAAGAAGAAAUCAGUGAGGAGGACGAGGAGACACGCCAGAGAAGCUGGUGGGGGAUCAACAGACAGUGAAGGACAUGCCACGGCGAAGGUUAAAGAGACCUCCAAGAAGAAACGACGCAAGAGUCAAAACAGUCCCACAGAAACUAAAAGCAAGACGGAUGGAAACAAAAGAGGGGAAGACGGACGGACACGUAAAGGAGCAGAAGUCGCACAAAAGUCAAUGACAACAGAACAAAGUGAUGAUGAAGCAUCGUCUGUCAGAGAAGAGCUGAAGAAGCAGGAAAGGCCCAGAAAUGUCACUGCGCCUCAGAAAGAGCAGCUAAAACUGAACAGGGGCAAAGUUCUCGAUUCAUCGCAGGUUGAGGAAGCGAGGGCUAAGCAGAUGAGACAGAGGGAACAAAGACCAAAUGGGAAAAACAGAGAUGGGGAAAGACUGAGGGACUUCAAUGGAGAAGCGAGCAAGGCGAUGGAGCGUGGCCCAAACAAACACAAGUGUUUCAAGGCAAACACCCCCAAAGCUCCAGGCUCUGAUGUCGAGCUCAGUUCAGAAAGUGACACCAUCCUGCAGGCGGAUGGAGAGCCGGAGGGAGGAGAGAACGUGAGCAGCCCGAGCAGCAGUAACGUAAAGCCUGACGGAGAACAAGAACUGCAGGCACAGCUCGACGCCAUGAUGAUGGUGCUCAGCACAUCUGAUGAGGUGGAGCAGUUGGUCUUGAGGAACACAGACCUGACGGACGACCUUCUGCUGGACCUGGCAGUGGCCCUGAAGAACAGCUCAUCCGAGGUCACGCUGCUCAACCUCAACCUCAACCUCAUCGGCCCAUAUGGUGCUCACAUCCUGCUGGACGUCCUUAGGGUGAAGCCUCAGGUUAAAGGCUUACACUUGUUUGGAAAUAGACUGCGAGACCAUGGAGUGCUGACCUUGUUGAAUGGAAUAGCUGAGCUGCAGGAGCAAACGGUGAACACUGCUGCUGCCAUACAACAGGCAAUGCUUUUCCCAUCAGAGCAAAAUAUACUUCAGCAGGUCCCCGCCGAGUGGAGCUCUUUCCAGGUUUUUGCACUUUUAGAAUUGGAUAUUGGGGGAAAUGGCUUGGGCAGUGAAGCAAUAAAGGUUUUAGCAUCAUAUAUGAGGCACCACUCGUAUCUUCAGUAUUUGGGCCUGGCUCAGACCAGCGCCGCUGAUCUGGCGGCGUGGAAGGAACUUUUCGACAGCUUAAAGCUCAACAACUCACUGAGUCAGAUCAUCCUGGACGAGAACAACCUGGGAGACCCCGGGGUCAGGCUGCUGGCCGACAUGCUGAAAGAGAACACGAGUCUGACGCAGGUGGAUCUGGACAGGAAUGGCAUCAGCGAUGUGGGAGGUAACGACAUCAUGGGGGCGCUGCUGUGCAGGGCGCAGCUUCCCCUGAGGCAUCUGAGCCUCCAGGAAAACAACAUCAGUGCAGGGCUAAUGAGCAGAAUACAAGAGGAGGUGAAAUAUAAAUGAAUUCUGCAGGAGU